UAAUUAAAUACCCCUUUUUUUUUUUUGACAGAAAUAUCCUUUGGCAAUAUGUCAGUUUUUUGUUAUUGAUUCUGACUUAUAUGAAGAUUAGAACUUUUGACACACUUUGAUAAGACAAUUACAAUUUAAUAUACAAACAGUAUUAUUUUUUGUAUUGUGUAAAAAGUACAAAGAAAUCUAAUUAAAAAUGAUACCAGUAAUACCAAAGGAUUCAGAAGGUAAAGAUGGAGAUGGUAGGGCUUUGAUAAAAGUUGUUGAACGUCCAACAUUUAUAUUAAAAACUAGAGAAGGUGAAAGCAGAGCUGUAUCACCAAGUCAACGUAAUGGUAACAAAAAAGAAGCAGAUUCAACUUCAACAGUGGCAUUGAAACCACCAGAUAUAACACGCACAGCAAUUCCUACAUGUAUUGAUAUGACAAAUUGUGCUAAAUUCAUGGAUGAAAAUAUGCAACUUUGUGAAAGUGCAUUAGAAUUUUUAUGUGAUCAACAAGACUUCUUAGUGGUAGGAUGUUUAGGUAGACAAGGUGUUGGGAAAUCUACAAUAAUGUCCCUUCUUACAUCAAAUUAUAAAAAUGAUAUUUUUGCCGUUCAAGAUUUGUCUCAUCACGAGAGCAGUACAAAUUGUACUAGCGGAAUAGAUUUUUUUGUAACUAAGAAUAGAGUGAUAUACUUAGACACACAACCUAUUCUAUCAGUUUCUGUAAUUGACUACAGUUCAUCAUUUGAACAAAAAAAGAGUUCAACUGAUUUUGUAAAUAAUGACACCAAUUCGGAAUUGCAAUCGUUACAAUUUACAGCAUUUCUGUUUUCAGUGUGUCAUGUAAUCAUAUUUGUACAAGAUUGGAUUUUUGAUCCGAAUCUAUUGAGGUUUCUUCAAACAGCAGAAAUGUUAAAACCAUCAUCUACAACUACUAUGGAUCAAGAUUACGUUGAAUAUUAUCCACAUAUAUUAUUUUUACAUAAUAAAGUAGAUGCACAAGAUUUUAUGCCAAGUAAUGUUAAAAAAAUAAAGUAUUUGUAUAAUCAAAUAUUUUCUAGUUCUAGACUACAAACUCAUAGUGGUUUAGAUAUGAGUUCUGAUUCAGUUGAAAAUGGUUUCAACUUAUUUUUUAUACCAUUAAUUACAGCAGAAGAUGAAUCCAAUUUGCAAGAAAAUGAAAAAAAAUUGAUUGAACAAUUAAGAAUGAAAAUACAUGGAGUAUCAAGGCAUCCAAUGACACCAUCUACUUUAACGGAAAAAACUUGGUAUCAUUAUGUAUCAAAAGUCAUGGAAGCAAUUAAAAAAAGCCAUCUAUCAUCAGAAUAUGGAAGAUUAAUGCCAUAAUAAAUCUAAUAAUAUAAUUUAAUUACAAAUGAUUUAUAAUCAAAUAUAAUAAUAGG